AUGCAGUUGUCGAGGGAGCAGGCGCAGACGAGGUUUCUGGCCAUCAUCCUCCCUGCGCUUACACUUUCGACGCAUUUGCUGCUCUCGCUUUCCUCCGCAUUACCGGGAUACGAUCGGACAUGGCCGUUUUGGUCGCUGGUGUACAACGGAACGGCGUCUCUUGCCAGCGUGCUGGGGCUUGUAGGCGCAAUAAGAGUAUUGCCCAAGCUCGUGUCUGCAUACACGAUUGUCCAUACCGCCACGCUGUCUUUCGUCACCCUCGCCCUCACGAACACCCUCCUGCCAUACGACCUCCAUUACACGAAUCCGGUGAUUCCAAGUUGGCGAAUAGACGAAUCCGCGGUAUGUCGAGAUAUCAGCGCUGGUUUCGGCUGGGAUGAGGAUUGGUUCGCGCAGUGCUCGACGAGCUUUGGCAUGAUGCAAUUGGGUGUCACUUGUGGAGGCCUGGUGCUUGUAGCUGCGCAAUGGUGGGCGCUGUUUGCUGUGAGGAGCUGGAGCAACGAGUUGGAGACUGAACAGUUGAGCGGAGAUGACGUCGAAAAAGCGGACUUUACGGUCGAGAAGGAUGGCUUUGCGGUUGGUGAGAAAGGAUACUGA